AAUGCAUGCUAAACCCCAGAAGCAAAGAAGACUAAGACCAUCUCUCUCUCUCUCUCUCUCUCUCUCUCUCUCUCUAUCUAUAUAUAUAUAUAUCUAUAGCUAUCGUUUUUCUCUUCUGGUCCAAAGAAGAUGGUGCCAGUGAAGGGCAGCAUCUCGGCGGCCAUGAACGCGAGAAUCAUCGGGUGCUCCGACAGCGAAGAACAUAUGGUUCUGGCUCAUGGGUUUGGAGCAGACCAGUCUGUGUGGGACAAAAUCGUGCCCAUCCUGGCUCAACAUUGCAAGGUUUUGGUCUUUGAUUGGGCCUUUUCAGGAGCUGUGACUGUGAAGGACACGACUCUCUUCGAUCCCGUCAAGUACUCUUCCUACGACGCCUUUGCCGAUGAUCUAAUCCUUCUUCUUGAUGAACUCAGCUUCAAAUCUUCAGUCUUCGUCGGCCACUCCAUGUCCGCCAUGAUCGGAUGCAUUGCUUCCAUCAAAAGACCUGACCUCUUUAACAGACUCAUACUCGUUGGAGCUUCUCCUAGGUAUAUCAACGCAGAGGGUUACGAAGGGGGAUUUGAGAGCAGAAUAGUGGAUAACAUGAUCUCCAACGUAGAAACCAACUACGAGGAGUGGGCUACAGCCUUUGCCUCUCUGGUCGUCGAUCCCCAAGACCCUCUUUCCGCCGAUAAAUUCCGAAACUGCCUCAGACGAAUGCGAAACGACGUCGCUCUCUCCUUGGCCAACACCGUCUUCCACAGCGACCACAGACACAUCCUCCCCGAGGUCUUCGUCCCAUGCACCAUCAUCCAGACCACCAACGACGUCAUCGUUCCCAUCUCAGUUGCCUACUACAUGGACGAGAAUAUCAGGGGGAAAUCGACGGUGGAGAUGGUGGAUACGUGUGGGCAUUUCCCACAGUUAACUGCUCACCUCCAGCUUCUCGACGUGAUUGGUGGCGUAUUAGGACGUGCGUUUUGAUUUUGAUUUUAUGUUUACUUUUGUAUGAUGAUUUGGAAGAGUAGUAAGAUCAUGAUGAUGGGUUUUUUUUUUUUUUGUGAAAAAAAAAAAAAAAAAAAAAAAAAAUGUUUGUUCGGAUUGGUAA